GCAUAGUUUGUGUUCAACGUAAACUAUUUUCGUUCUUCAUCCUCCUUAACUUCUGGAUGAUGAUAAAAGCUGUGAAUGUGUUCCUGAAACAGCUGACCAUCAUGAUGCAAAUGAAUCACUGCUGAUGGGUCCUGGAAACUCAGGGAAGUUCAUUUUCUUCUCUUAGAUCUGCGCCUGGAUUUUAGGCUCUGAUUCACCUUCAGGUUCAGACGCAGCUGACCGUGGCGUCAUCAGAAUGCGGAUGAAAUGAACUAAAACUUGUAGGAAAGUCAAGUUUUCCAGUAAAAAAGGUGUGCCUUUUCAUUUGAUGGUGGACAUGAUUACGCAACAAAAGAUUUCAAGAAAAUGAGGUGGCAUUCAAAAAAGAAGAAUGUGUUUCUGGCCACGCUGCUUCUCCUCGCCGGACUGUACUUCAUCAAUCUCAUCGCCGACUUGAAGAGAUCGCUUGAGGUGACUCCUAAAGAUCUGACCUGGAAGGCACAAAGGCUGGUCAGCCAGGAUUCCUGGGUCGAGCAAAGAGAUUACCUGUCUCUCAAUGUGAGCUUUCAGCUGCUGGCGGGAGCGCCAUCGGCCAAACAGAAGUUUCUGGCGAUCGGAAUAUCGUCUGUUAAAAGGGGAAGAGGCAGCUACCUCAUCCCCACGCUGCAGUCCAUCUUCUCCCAGUCGUCUCCUGAAGAGCGCUCCUCUCUGGUGGUCGUGGUGCUCCUCGCGGAUUUUGACGUCAGCUGGAGAAUCUCCACUGUAAAGGAGAUAAGAACGGUGUUUCCCUGGGAGCUGGAGCAAGGCCACCUUGUGGUCAUCCAUGUUUCUGAGGAGUGGUACCCUCCUUUGACAGGUCUAAAGAGGAAUUUCAACGACGCUCCUGACCGAGUAUCUUUCCGCUCCAAGCAGAACAUCGAUUACUCCUUCCUCAUCCACUACAGUGCAGGUUUUGGGCAAUACUACCUGCAGCUGGAAGACGACAUCUUAUCUGCAAAAAACUUCCUCACCAGCAUUAAGAAGCACAUCGAGGAGCAAAACCAGAAGUCGAGCUCGUGGGCCAUGUUGGAGUUUUCCGCUCUUGGAUACAUCGGGAAGCUGUACAAGUCCACCGACACUCCUCUCCUGGCCCGCUUCCUCUUCCUGUUUUACCAGGAAAUGCCCUGCGACUGGUUGAUGACCCACUUCAGAGAAGUAAUGACUCAAAGGGAGACGAUCCUGUUCAAGCCUUCGCUGUUCCAGCACAUGGGGACUUUCUCCUCCUUCCAGGGAACAUUCAACAAGCUGAAGGACAAAGACUUCGAGGAGUCCUUGUACUCUAACCCUCCAGCUGAGGUUUACACUGACAUGUCUGCCUACAAAAAUCACUUACCCCUAAAUGCCUGGGAACCUGGGGAGCGAUUCUUCUGGGGACGCUCCCCCGAGAAAGGAAACCACAUGACUGUGGUGUUCGUAAGCCCUGCAGUGGUGACGGGGGUGUUAGUAGAGACAGGAUCGGGGGGUAAGGACCUCCUGGACUCGGGUCAAGUAGAAAUCGGCCUGGAUGUGGUCACCACAGAGAAAGGGAAAACCUGUAAAGAGUUCCGGUCCUUAGGAGCUUUUAAGAACGGGAGGUUUGAGAUGCUGGAUGUGGACAAGAAGUUCAGCUCCGCCUCUUCCUGUGUGAGGAUAUUAGUCACAGCUGGUCAGAAAGACUGGAUCAUCAUUCAGAAAAUCAGGAUCACAACAAGACAGAGCACUUCACCCCCCCCAUUAUAGGUUUCUAUUCUGUUUGAGGAAAGAUCGAAUGUUUUAACCUGAAGGAUCGUCAAUGAGAGCUGCAGAGUUUUUGUGCCUCAGUGAGGGUGUCUAGCUGAUGUGAGGAAGACAUUCACUGCUAACAAGAGGUUUUUCUAACUGCCUCCCACUAAGCCUUAGUCACAUGCACGCGUGUGCGCCUCCACAGCUGCUGUGGGGUUUUUUGCAGGUUGUAGAGAGGAGCUCAGGUGUGUCUUGCAGUUCCCUUGAGGCUCAUACGCCCACCUCAAAUAGCGUCAUAAAUGUAGAACGUAUUAUUGUCAUGCAUGUAGUAAGGGUAUUGUGAUGUAUUUGUUAGUAUAAUGUAAACUGCACGCACCUCUGAAGUACAGGUGAUGCUGUCACACGGUGCCCUUACGUCACACUUUAGUCUCUAGUCUAAUUGUCCAUUUUCUAAGGGCAUAUUCAGACUGGAAAGAUGAUUUGUUCUGGACUGAGUCCCAAACUUAGCUUUUGCUAUAUUCAGACUGAAAGUAAGCAGACUAUGUUUUCCAGGCCAAAGCUUGUAAACAUAAACAUGUGACUAAAGAUCUCUUCAGUCAUUGGCCACCAGUUACAGAGGCAGGUCAAAACAAAAAUAGAAAGAUGGAGCUGCUGCACUUUUCAAAUCCUUGCCAGGAUUUUUCACUUAUUUAAACUUUUUAUUUCACUGACCAUUUUGAAGGUCUAAAUGAAGGCCAGGUUCAACUCUUUUUACUGCUACUUUGGUAGAGCGGAGGCAUGCUGCAAGGCUUUACGCCGGAGUUCUAUUUCCAGUCUGUCAACGCCUCAAUUUCAUGAUAAAAAGUAGAAGAAAGAGGAAAAAGAGGC